AGAUGUAACCAUCAGACAAAAAUAACUUAUAUUAAACCGUAACUAUUCUGUCACCAUCGGCUUAAUAAAUAUUGUCCAUGAUAUACUUAAUUCAGUAAGAAAAAAAUUCGGUUAUGAAGAGGCAGAAGAUAUGCGUUGGCUUGGCGACCCAUAUAUAUUUAUGUCGACAAUUAAUCGAGUGUCAUGUUCAAUGUUUCUAACUUUACAAAUAUUAAUGACAACAUACAUAUUUAAUGAACAGAAAAAGGUAUGAAGAAUCUUUUUUUCCUUGUAUGAUAAGGAAAAUGAUUCUACGUGCUUAUUUCAGUGUGUAGAUAUAAGUAUGUGUUUACAUACACGAACUACUACUGUAAUUUGAUCUUACGUGGCAAUGCUUAUCACUGAUAAAUAUUUCCAUUUUAAUUUCUUCGUGAUUUUAAGUGCAUAGAUCAGGUACGUACAUAUUAAAGAUUGUUAUCAAAUCAACCUUACUCAAGUUGAUAUAAUAAGGAUAGUAGGAGAAUACUGUAUCAAGAACAAUUGAUAUUAGUAUUUUGUUUUGUAUAUAUAGUAAUGCAUCAGAAAAAAAGGAAAUUAGAAGUUAUACGAGCCUUAAUACUUGUUGGUGGAUAUGGAACCAGAUUGCGUCCCCUUACUCUUAGUCGGCCUAAACCAUUGGUUGAAUUUGCCAACAAACCAAUGCUUCUACAUCAAAUAGAAGCUUUAGUAGAAAUGAAUGUAACAGAAGUAAUAUUAGCAGUAUCUUAUAGAGCAGAGGAUAUGGAAAAGGAUUUAGAAGAAGAAGUUAAGAAACUAGGAGUUACUUUGAUAUUUUCUCAUGAACCAGAACCUUUGGGUACUGCCGGUCCACUUGCGCUAGCACGUGAUAUUUUAUGUUCUGGAGACGAACCAUUUUUUGUUUUAAAUUCUGAUAUUAUCUGUGACUUUCCAUUUAAGCAGUUAUAUGAAUAUCAUAAAAACCAUGGUAAAGAAGGUACCAUAGUUGUUACUAAAGUAGAAGAACCAUCAAAGUAUGGUGUUGUUGUAUUUGAUAAAUGUGGUAAAAUAGAACGUUUUGUUGAAAAACCACAAGAAUUUAUCUCAAAUAAAAUAAAUGCAGGUAUGUAUAUAUUUAAUCCAAGCAUAUUAAAAAGAAUUGAGCUAAAACCUAUGAGCAUAGAAAAAGAAGUUUUUCCAUUUAUGGCUGAAGAUAAUGAAUUAUAUGCUAUGGAGUUACCAGGCUUUUGGAUGGAUGUAGGACAACCUAAAGAUUUUCUCAAAGGUAUGUGUAUGUAUCUUGCUUCGUUAAGACAAAAGUCUCCUGAAAAACUACAUUCCGGACCUGGAAUAGUGGGAAAUGUUUUAAUAGAUCCUACAGCCAAAAUUGGCAAAGAUUGUAGGAUAGGUCCUAAUGUUACCAUCGGUCCCGGUGUUUCGUUAGCUGAUGGUUGUUGUAUUAAAAGGUCUACUCUUCUUAAGGCAGCUGUAGUAAAAGAACAUGCAUGGCUUGAUGGUUGUAUCGUUGGUUGGCGUAGUGUCGUCGGACGUUGGGUACGAAUGGAAGGUACAACAGUUCUCGGAGAAGACGUAAUAGUCCAGGACGAACUUUAUAUCAAUGGUGGUCAAGUAUUACCGCAUAAAAAUAUUUCGAGUUCCGUGCCGGAACCACAAAUUAUCAUGUGAGAAAAGUAGACUUGAAAUUGAUUUUUUUAGACAAUAAGUGAUAAAAUACAUGAAAUAUCCUCUA